CGCGUUCUCGCUCAGUUGUGAUUCGGCCGUGGACAGAGUUAGACGUGCAAAACCUGGAAAAACAGCAACAGCUAGACAGCCCUUGCUCUAGCAGCAAAGGAACCUCCCCACCCUCUAAGCUUUGAAGUUUUGUAGAUCUUAGCUGGAUUUUUAGUGAUUGGGAAAUUUUGCAAGGAAAGAUGUGAAUAAACUGCAAUUGUUAGAUCGUAGUGAAUGAAUGGCAGUAGGCUGGGUUUAGUGUUGAGUGCAAUCCAGGGCAAACUUGGAUCGAAUUGGAUUUCGAUGGAGACGAGUGGUUGUUUGUGAAGUAACGAAAUCGAAAGCGAAAAUCUCAGCCGUCGAAAAAAGCAGAAGGAUUUGCAAGAGUGCUGAAGUUGGAGGAUUAGAUGUAAUUGCCUUUUGAAGAGGAUCCGAGAGGGUAGAAAGUGUACGCGGAAGGGCCCUCUUUAAGAUUAAGGCGGAAUAAAUUGAAGAAUUUUCCGGUUCAAGUGGCGCUCUUUAUUGCAUUAAAUUAAAAAAAUGUUGGUAGAUGUUGAUCAUGAUUGCGGGAUUGAGUAAUUGUUUGGAGGAGUGAAGUGGAAACCACAGUUUGAGUGUGUGGUUGUGGUAAGAGUCGAAAAAUAGAUGGAUUUUUGUCCUAUAACUAAAAGUGUGUAUUUAUUGGGAAAAGAAACGUAAUCGGAAAAAGUUUUUCCCAUCCGAGGAGUGAGAAGCGACCGAGAGUGAAAGCUUUUCGCUGUUGUAUAUAGUGGUCCCCCGCAUAUAAAUGUGCUAAUGAACGGGAAUUCCAAAACGUCGUCGUCAGGCCUGAGAAACCCACAGCCUGCCUGGAUCUCAUGCCACAGACGAGUUAGUGCAGCAGACAGAUGUGUAUGUCGUCCCCACUCAUAGCCUACUAAGAGCUCGUACAUAUGUGUUAGGACGACGAUCAUAGCAAUCCGUGAGCAGCUUUAUGUACAAUCUGUUGAAUGUUUUUCCCCAACCGCACAUAACCACAACUGGAGCACUAAGAAGCGGCGGCACCCAUUUCCGCCAGGCCUCAAACGGGAAGUGAGAGAAGAUAUUCCCGCGUGAGAGACCCCACGUACCAAAGUGUAAAACUAAAGGGGUGUGAAAUUCCGCGAAUCUUUCGGUCAAUAAAGUAAAGACAAUUCAUUGCUUUCGAGAAGAGGAGAACCCAUUUGGACGUAAAUUGUGACUAAUCUGCUUUAAACUACGAAAGUAAAAUUCGAUAAUUCAAGAAAAUAUCAAAGAAGAGAAUACUGUACGGAGAAGGUGUUUCGGUUGAAAUCCAGUAAAGGAAAUCUCCCGCAGGGAAAGAGGGAAAUGUAAAGGUCAUGAAUUGCGAUAAACAAGUGGCACACUCUACCGGUUGAACUCACGCCUUGGAAAGACCGUCGUUUGGAAAAAAACGAAAUGCAGAGUCACGAAACUGCAGCUCAUCAGAGUGGUUGGGGUGAUCGAAAGCUAACAACCACCAGUAGUGACAACGGUUGGGACGAAUGAUUUGCGAAGUGAGGGAACUGUGCGCGUGAAAGUGAUCGUGAACAAGCCUUCUAGGCGUGAACAAAGAAUUUAUCUAAACGAAUUCAAGCUUGCUGGAGUUAUCUAGAUAAGAUUAUAGCAACACGUCGCCUACUAGGUCGCCGUAGUUACAGUUUGUAGUUUGGUUCAGGUAGCUAAGAAUACAUCAUCCGGUUGCUAGGAUUAGUCAGUGUACCGUAGUUUGUGAGUGCGUUCGUGUGUGAAUAGAUCCAAGGAGAUUACUCAGAAGAAAGAAAAAAGAGCAUAGAGCAUCCACUUCAGCCAGCACAAUGAGCUUCUUCAGUUCACUUCAGCAGUACGUGACAAGUGGCGUGGCCGGGUUGGGACUGAAUCCCCGCCGGUUCUCGCUGUCGCGGCAAGAGUCCACCGAGGCCACCACUCCGGCCGCCAGCCCCAGUCCGAUGAUGAGUUCCGGUAGUUCGCUUGGCGGCAGCAUCGGGAGCUAUGGACAAAUGGGAGGAGGACCUGGUUCGGCUGGGGUCGGAAUGGGAGCCGGAGCAUCCACAGGAGCAUCUGCACUAGGUUAUCCAAAGGUGGUGACACCAUCCGGACCCGGAGGCUCCAUUGUCGGCACAUCGAGCGCCGGUACCGUGGGCAGUGGAACCGUCACCAGUGGCGUGGGAACGGGAAGCAGCACAAACCUAACGGUGGCCGGAGCUGCCGGAAGUGCUACCGGUGGAGCAUCGGGUGCCACGGGCGGUGCAGCGGGUAGUGUCUCUCCAAUGCGUCGGCAAUCGUCAGCCCGAGGCUUGGACACGUUGGUACCCCCGGGCCGCACCGGUUCCUUCCGGGGCCGUAACUCCCCGAAUCCGACAUCGCCGGACAAGCCCUGCUUCUCGGUGUGGAAGAGGCGACCCUCAUGGCCAGAGGUCGAGAUUAAAUCAUCGUCCGGCCGUCGCCACCGGUUGUCCCCAGCGCCAAUAAUCGAAGUGCAGGGGGAACUGGCUCCGGCCAUCACCGCCGAGGACAAAGAUUCAAAGGGCUUCAAAGAGAUUGUCUACCGGUUCGACAAAAUGAAUCCACCCUAUAACAGUGUCGUUAGUGCCAAUAACAAUAGCGUCCAAGAGAACGACGGUUCCUACUUCGAAAGCUUUACUGCCCUGUCCUGGAAGAACGAAAACCGGCGGAUGUCAGCGGUCAGGGCGGUGGAGACAAGGGCCGAAGUGCUACCGGAAAAUGAUAACGACCGCCUACUGGAGGACGACAUCGAACGGUCCGAGCAGAAGGAGCAUCUCUAUCUGGACGUCCUUUACGCGAUUGCCAACACGGUGGGAGCUCCGGCACCGGGAGGACAGUACAGCGAAAAGAAAUGGCUGCAAUUCGCACACUACAAGGAGGAGAUGUACCUGCAGGCCCAGCGGGUGUUCAACGUAUCCGCCGAUCGGCACUACCGGUUGCUGCACGCGGCCACCGAGGAGAAGCCCAAGAUAAUUGUGCUCACCGUCGUCGUCCAGGAAGCGGACGGACUCGAAGCGAAGGAUGCUAACGGUUUCAGCGACCCGUACUGUAUGCUGGGCAUACAACCCUCGGGGACACCUCCACCACCUUCGCCACAGCCACCGAUGACCCCGCGGACGCUCUCCGACACCGGCAUGGACAGCCUGGACUCGCCGGAGCACGGGAAGCUCCGCAAACACCACAGCUUUCGGUUGAGCUUCAAGCGCAAAGACGGCCGCCAGCAGCGGGAUUCCGUUGGACCCGUCCCGGCCAAGUUCAUCCGGGCGACCUCCGUCAAACCGCACACACUGAGUCCAAAGUGGCACGAAAAGUUCAAAUUUGAUAUAGACGACAUCCACUCGGACAUCCUGCACCUCGAUAUUUGGGACCACGACGACGAAAGUAGCGUGCUAGAUGCUGUUUCACGACUGAACGAAGUUAGAGGCGUUAGAGGAUUAGGUAGAUUUUUCAAACAAGUGUGCCAAUCGGCACGCCAGGGCUCGCAGGACGACUUCUUGGGUUGUGUCAAUAUUCCAGUCUGUGAUAUUCCUUCAACCGGUUUGGAGGGUUGGUUCAAGCUGGAAGCACGCAGUAGUCGUAGUUCAGUGCAAGGCCGUAUUCGGCUGAAGCUGUCCCUCUCGACGCGAGAGGAUCGUGGAAACUCCGAAGAGGACAACACACUGGAGGUAAAAAAGUUUGAACGACUGCAGACAAUUUUCAUGAUGCAUGAGCUGAACACUUACGAACCGGCGUGGAAAUGGAACGGUGAACUGGCGGGACCUUCGCUCACCAUCCUCCAUCAGAUAGCAGUCCAGAGCGAUCUAUCCGAUAUGCAAAUCUCACUGGCCAAACUGGUAGCGAUCAUCCGUAUCAAUCGAAAGAAACCUCUGGAUACCAAAUUCAUCCACCGGCAGCUGAUCGAAGUCGACAAACUAUGGGUGAACAACUACAGCAACGAACCACUGACCCGCGAACUGGAACAGUGGCUUGCCGAUGCGCUCAAUGGUUUCGUCGAACGAUCGCUCAGUCACAUGCGUCGACAUCGGGAGGUGUUCCCUGCGAAGCAUCCACCUUCCCUCGUUCGGUUAGAGUUCCUGCUGCGGUGUCUUGGCCUAUUGGGAUCGAUGCGAGCAUUCCGCCAGGUCAGUCCCUUCAGCAAAGGCGUCCGUGGUGAGAUCGUGGGGGCGCUUAGGAAAGGGUCAAUUACGUGGUCCCAGGCUCAACUACGGGAGGCUACGCGUUCUCCAAAUCCUCUGGUGCACUACACUACGAUUCUGGUCGCAGACUUGCAGCUCGGACUUGCAUACUAUCACACGUUAUUUGAUUCGACUAAUGGCAUACAGUACUUUAGUAUUGUGUACAAACAAUUUGAUACUUUGCUUGGAGAAGAAGUCACGAAUCGCAUUGAAUCCGGACAGAUGCCAGGCUCCAUAGUCAACCAUUGGACUAUCCUGGACAACGAUCGUGAACCAGACACGGCACCAUUCGAAAUCUACUUUGCUCUGCAGGAAUUUCACAACAUGAAAUCCAACCUAUCGGUGACACCUCAACCCCCGGAGAAACCCCUUUGUCUGCAAAAUUUCCACGAAUGGUUUGAACCUGCAGUCCAGCGGUGGAUCUCCAUCAGCAAAACGAAAGCGAUCCAACGAAUCAAAGCUGCCGUGAACGUGGACACGCUCUGCGAAGGAGAACGCAUCGUACGGCACAGUACCUCAGCGAUCGAUACGGCUUCAUGUUUCUACCAGAUAAAGGAAUUCUGGAAAAAUCUCGCCUGGCCGGAACCGGGCUCGGGUGCGCACUACGAAGCGUUAAUCAUCGACCUGGUCUGCACUACGGCAAACGUCUACUCCGAUCUAAUCCACCAGAAUCUGAGCGAAAGUGGAUACUACGACAAAUCGGGAGGACCUCAACGAACAGCCGACGACAUGUGUGUGAUCGUUAACAACUUGGAAUACGUGAGGCGAGCUUUGUCCGAGUUCCAUCCCACCACGCACCACCUUUCGGAAGCUGCAGAAAACCUGCUGGAAAACACAAUUGCUCAACUGGAGAAUAAGGCUGAUCGAGUUCUCGGGAAACUAACGGCUUCGAUGCAAAGUCCUCUACAGAAAGCCGUCUUUCAUUUGGCUUGGUCGCCUGACUCCCUGCCCGCCAACCAAGCUGUUAUGCCCUUACUGGAAUACCUAGACUCACAUCUGGCAACACUCAACGUUACGCUCCUUUCGCAGAACUUCUACCGCGCGAUGAGCUUGAUUUGGAACAACGUCCUGGCAGAAUUUGCCAAGCAGAUGGACGCCGGCGGUGAAGGCGAUAAGCCUAGCAACUUCCACGAUCGUAUGUACGGAGCGUUGCAGCUGCUCGGAGAGUUCUUCAACGCCGAAGGUCUCGGACUGCCACCGGAGAUUCUGCACAGCGAUCUGUACUGGCGGGUUGCGCAGCGGCUGCAAUAUCACAAAACCGAUACGGAACAAUUGAUCGAUUUGUUCUACAUGCAGAGACUGCAGGAACAGCUGAAUACGGUGGGCCCGACUUCGCUGGGUAGUUUGUCGGUGAAGGCGUACUUCAACCACGAUUCGCUGUGUGUCGAAGUGCUGCACGCCAAGGAUGUCAUUCCGCUGGAUCCCAACGGGUUCAGCGAUCCGUUUGUGAUUAUCGAACUGCUCCCGCGGAGACUGUUCUCCCACUGUUCGGAGCAGCAAACCAAUGUGCAUAAGAAAACGCUCAAUCCUGUGUUCGAUGAAUGCUUCGAGUUUUCCGUCACGCAAGAACAAUGCCAAGCGGAAGUCGCCAUGAUCGUGUUCACCGUGAUGGACCACGAUGUGCUGACGGCGAACGAUUUUGCCGGUGAAGCGUUCCUGGCGCUGAAUAACAUUCCCGGUGUGGCCCGAACGUUCAACAUGAACAUCGACAACUUCGACAGUGUAGCGCAAAUCGAUCUGCCCCUGCUGGAAAUGAAAGACAAAAGUCACCCGAUUUUACUGAUUUUGGAAGGCCGUGUCAACGACAAAAAUGCCAUGGAAUUUGUACGGAAACAAAAAGCUCGCGUAGUAGGCUAAGUCAACCAUAUAAUAACCAUACAAAUAGCGAAAAUCAUUAUGUCAAUCACAUUCAAAUACCCUUUAGCUAUAAUAAAAUGACAAACAAUGGCCCCCAGAAACUGGAGAACAAUGCUUUCAUAAUCGAUCUCGAACUAUUAUAUAUGCUAAUUUUGCAUCAAAAAUCAAUCAUCUAGAAUUUAAUCUCACGAGAGUAAAACAAUGCCUUUCACUUGAUAAAUCACCAUCUACUCAUGAGUGUCAUUGAAAAAUAAAACGAUAGAAUAUCACUUCUCUCCACGAUCUCAUCAAUGCGUAAUUGAUAUCAGCUAGAUGUGUGCAACAAAUCAUCCCAGACAUAGGAAAAAACGGCACAAACAAGACACACAACUACUAAGAUCCUAUCAGUUAAUUUUCUAUAAAAAUGAGUAUUUUUAUAUCAGACAGUUUAUUUGGAUGCUAUUUAUGGAUCAUCUAACGUUAAGUUUUAGCUAACGAAUCAACUGAAACAAACUGUAAACUAGCCUAGUCUUGUACAUUUGAAUCUUUGUAUAAAAACUGACAAAACAGAACUUUAUAGAUGCUAUACAUAAGUUUAUACAAACUAAAUAACAAAAGCAAAAAACAAAUCUAAUAAUUUGAGUAGUGAAAUAGAACUCUUUAGACAAAACAACAGAAAGAAAGAAAAACUAUAUAACAAACAUAUUUUAGAUAAAAAUUCUCUUUCUAGGGGACAACCCAAAACAAAAGAAAAAACACGAAACUCAACCAAAAAACGAAAACCGACAAAUGAAAAACUAACUUUUAAGCUGUAAAUUUUCUCAAACAAACUGCAGAUAUUUUCUUAUGAAUGAAUAAAAUCUUAAACAAAACGCAAAAUCAAGGAAACGGUCGUCCCACUCGCGCUAGCGACCGACCUUUCCGCUUGUAUAGUACGGAUUUGUUUAAAACAAAGGGACAAUUGCAAAUAGAGAACCAGUACAUAUACACCUACCUACCUACCUACCUACCUAACUCCCCCCAAUCGUAACAUUAUGUAACCGCCAACACAUUCUCAUUGCGAUCAGCCUGUAACCCGCUUAUCCCCGCGCCAUCCAUUACGCGUAGUAUGUCAUGCUUUUCCGUUUGUGGAGCUCUUCCAAUGCCUGCUUGGGUUUUGACUUCUUUUUUUUAAUAUAAAGCCGAUUUUUUUAGCAAUUAUCUUGAAGUUUCUAGUCUAUUAGGCAUUUGAAAAUUUGUUUUUGUUUCAGUGGAAGUUUUUUUUUCUAUUGUUUCUUAGGAUUUUGAGCAAUUA